ACAAACUCAAAUAAAUAAAUCAUAAAAAAAGACAGAAAGAGAGAGAGAGAGAGAGUCAGCCAUUCCUCUGUCCUUCCUUCACCGGCUCUAUCAGAGGAAGAAGAAGAGAAGUCACAGAGAGCGAGCGAAUUUGCAGAGGGAGAGAGAAAUUGAGGAAUUGUAGAGCGAGAGGAAGCGAAAUGGGGGUGGAUUACUACAACAUUCUAAAAGUCAAUCGGAACGCGACCGAGGAGGAUCUGAAGAGAGGCUACCGGAGGCUGGCCAUGAUUUGGCACCCCGACAAGAACCCUAGCAACAAGCGCGAGGCCGAGGCUAAAUUCAAGCAGAUCUCCGAGGCCUACGACGUCCUCAGCGACCCCCAGAAGCGCCAGAUCUACGAUCUCUACGGCGAGGAGGCGCUCAAGUCCGGCAAGGUCCCUCCGCCUCCCUCCGCCACUCGUGGCGCCGCUAGCUACCACCACCAUCAGCCGCCGCCGCAGCACCCCAACCCUUCAUUCCGCUUCAAUCCCAGGGACGCCGACGAUAUUUACGCCGAGAUGUUCGGUGGAUCGGAGGGCGUCGGUAGUGGUUCUGCCGGGCCUCGGAGUCGUAACUUUAGGGAUGGGUUUUUUAGGGGCACGACGGCGGAGUUUGGGAGUUCGGCGUCUUCGGCGCCGCCGAAGAAAGCGGCUCCUGUGGAGAAUACGUUGCCGUGUAGUCUGGAGGAGCUUUACAAGGGUGCCAAGAAGAAGAUGAGGAUUUCCAGGACGAUUUCUGACGCUUCCGGGGUUCGAAGCAUGGAGGAGAUAUUAACCAUUGAGAUAAAACCUGGCUGGAAGAAGGGAACAAAAAUUACAUUUCCUGAAAAGGGUAAUCAGGAACCUGGUGUCAUUCCGGCAGAUCUUAUUUUCAUAUUAGAUGAGAAACCUCAUGCAGUUUAUGCAAGGGAUGGCAAUGAUCUGGUGAUCAAUCUGGAGAUAUCCCUUCUGGAGGCCCUCACGGGGAAGACCAUUGAGCUGACAGCCCUAGAUGGAAGGAACCUCACGAUCCCAUUGACAGAGAUUGUUAAACCAGGGCAUGAGGUAGUUGUUUCAGAUGAAGGAAUGCCAAUCUCAAAAGAACCUAGGAAGAAGGGGAAUUUGAGGAUCAAGUUUGAUGUCAGAUACCCAUCAAGGCUUAGCACAGAACAGAAAUCUGACCUCAGGCGAAUUCUGGGAUGAAGGUCACGAUGCUUUCCUCCGCCAAAAGGGAUCUGGAUGUGAGUAUGUGACCGGAGGUAGAUAUCAUCGUUGUGGUUGGAUGUAAAUAAAGUAAAAGUGCAUGCAAUAUUGAAGAAUGUGAAUACUAGGCAUAAAGUUUUAGUUGCUCAAUGGCAGCGUGGGCCGUAAAAUGCUAAUGCGUGUUGCAACGAUGUUUGAUGCUUGCCAAAAGAAGAAAGCAUGUUGUUGCAGCAUGGAUUUUUAUUUACAGAGGAGAUAAGCUCCGUGAGUCCAUUUUCAAGAGAGAUAAUAGGUAGGUCAAAAAUUUGAUGUUAUUACUGUCUUUUCUUUUGCCUGUUUUUAAUGGUUUUGUUGUUUAUUAGCAAUCUAUAAAUCUGAAAGUUAUUCUCUGGCUUAGAAAAAGAUGGUGGUUUGGUAAGUUUUGUCUCACUAUAGGCAUUGAAUGAGAUGAGAGUUCCAUGUUAUGGUUCAGUACAUUUCAGCUUGAGGUUUGUUUCU